AUGAGAGAGGAGCAAGGUCAUGCAUACGCCGCGAAAGCCGACGGAGGUGUCGUAUUUGGCUCCCUACGGACGGAAUGUCAAAUUACAGAGAUCGACCCAUUCUACGCGAUUUUUCUUUCAUUGUCGUCGCUGUUUACUAUAGUUGUCGCAUGCUUGGCUGUGCUUCAACUUUACUACGUCUACAAAUAUGUUAGUAAUGCACGAAUACAGGCCGAUCUCUAUUAUUUAGCACUGAUGUUUCCGAUUACUACUGUAUGCAACAUGGCGGGAAUGUACAUACCCAGGGCAGCGCCGUUUCUGUAUGCUGUUGCCCUUGUAUAUUUCAUGUUCUGUCUUUUCAUUGUCGUGUCCUUGCUAUUCAACAUCUUUGGAAGUCGCAAGGAAAUGUCCGACUAUUUGCUAGAGAGGUAA